AUGACUCAAAAGCCCUCUGGAACCAACCUUUCACUUCUUCAGUUGCAGGUUCCAGUGCCUAACAUGGAAGAAAACCCACCUCCAAGCUUUAGGAUUUCAUCGGUGGUACCAGCAACACCAACACCUCAGGGCGAUAAAAACGGUGAGUACCACCUCGGCUAUAUGGACCUGCUCAUGAAGCUCCACUACAUCAGAGCCGUUUAUUUUUUCAGCACGGAAGCUGUUCAAGGCCUCUCAAUUCAAGAACUUAAGAACCCCAUGUUCACACUCCUCGACCCGUACGCUCACCUCUCGGGUCGGAUCCGGUUAUCCGAAUCCGGUAGCCCCUUCAUCAAGUGCAACGAUGCUGGUGUGCGCAUCGCUGAAUCUCACUGUGACAAGACCCUACAGGAAUGGGUCCAUCAAAACGGGUAUUCCUCCGUUGAAGAUCUUGUCCAUGAUCACGUGCUUGGUCCUGAAGUUAGUUUCUCUCCUUUGGUUUUCUUCAAGUUCACUUAUUUCCAAUGUGGAGGGUUGUGCGUGGGACUCAGCUGGUCCCACAUGCUUGGAGAUGCUUUUUCAGCUUUCAACUUCAUCACCAUGUGGACUAAGACAGUGGCCGGUCACGUGCCACCAAAAUCUCUUCCCAUGCCAAAUCAAAGAGAAACUGAAGUCCUACAUAAUUCGGUUUUUGAGAAUCCUAUUUCUUUGAAAAGGACCACAACUGUUGGAGAACACUGGCUUGCUGCUAAUGACACAAAAGUGGUUACUCAUUCUUUUUACCUCAGUCCCAAGCAACUUGUCCAUUUGGUAACAGCCACGUCUUCAUGUAAUGAAAUUCAAAUCACCAAGACCUCAUCGUAUUUUGAAAUUCUAUCAGCGUUAGUGUGGAAAUAUAUAUCUGACAUCAGGGAAGACUCUGGGCCAAAGAUAGUGACAAUUUGCACAUAUGACACUGAUCGCAGAGAAGAUGAGUUCCCUACAAAUGGCUUGGUGUUGAGCAUAGUUGAAGCAAAUGUGGCAGCUGGUAGUGAAUCAGAUGUAUCAGGUUUGGCAAGACUGAUUGCUGAGAAAAAGAUGGUUGAGAACGAUGCGGUGAAAAAGUUGGUGGAAGAAAAUGAAGGGAAAGAGGACUUUAUAGUUUAUGGAGCGAACCUGACAUUUGUGGAUUUGGAAAAGGCUAACUUUUAUGGGGCCAAGCUCAAUGGACAGAAACCAAUUCUUGCUAAUUGUGCCUUGCAUGGAGUGGGUGAUCAAGGGGUCGUGUUGGUGCUUCCAGCAGGGGAAGAUAAUGAAGAUGACAUUAAUGGAAGAAUAAUAACAGUUUCUCUGUCAGAGAAAGAACUUGACCAGUUGAAAUAUAAGCUCGGAGAAGAAUGGGGUAUUGCUUCGUAUCCAUUCUGA